AUGGCAUUUUCUUGGUUUCCGGGUUCUUGCUCAACGACAUUCACUCACUCAGAGAACCCACUAAUCCUACAGACGAAGAAAGGUCUCAAACGCGCUCUGCCUGAGCUGGUCAAGGACGUAACUCCGCCAUGCAAUAUCAACCCGUUCCUCUUCAAUGGCCACUUGCAGACUGCAUGGACAGCUGUAAAGUACGAAGGACCGAAGAUCCACUACAAGCGUCGAGUGUUUGAGUCCGAAGAUGCUGCAUACAAGGGCCACUUCGUAGUGGACUUUGUGACGGCUGCUCCGCCCUCGACUGGGGAAUCUGCAAAAGAUGGGGGCCCUGAAGAUGAAGGACUGCGAGAGGAUCCAAUGGGAGUAGGACACCAUAUGCUUCCACCGCGAACGACUUACUUCACGGACAAGGAGUUCAAGGCUUUGCCGUCUCAAGACACAAAGCCACUGCUCAUCACGCUGCAUGGUCUUAGCGGUGGGUCCUACGAGACAUACCUCCGGCACGUCCUCGAGCCGCUGGUCGAAAAGACGUCCGAGGGCGAAAAAGCUGGUGGUUUGUCAGGCGGCGAGUGGGAAGCGCUUGUGGUCAAUGCUCGUGGUUGCGCUGGAUCGAAGAUCACAACGAGCGUUCUGUUCAACGCUCGGGCGACAUGGGAUGUGAGACAGAUAGUGAAGUGGGCACGGAAGACCUGGCCCAACCGACCUCUCUUUGGCAUUGGGUUCUCCUUGGGCGCCAAUAUCCUUACCAACUACGUUGGUGAAGAGGGCGAAGACUGCCUCCUCUCCGCCGCUGUGGUCGUGAGCAAUCCAUGGAAACUGGAAGUCAGCAACGUCGCCCUGCAACGAGGCUACAUUGGCCGUGAAGUAUACAGCAAAACUAUGGGUCGGAAUUUGCUCGCUCUCUUCGACACACACGCCGAACAGAUCACGCAGAACAAGGAGAUCACCCGCGAGAAGAUGCACGGACUGAAGUAUCUGCAUGAAUUCGACCGCGCAGUGCAGUGUCCCACUUGGGGCUACCCGACCGAGGGCGCAUACUACAGAGAUGCUAGCAGUUCCGACUCGGUGCUCGCCGUGCGCAUUCCCAUGCUCGCGAUCCAUGCGAAAGACGAUCCGAUCGCAUUCGACGAGGGUGUACCGUACGAGGAGAUUCGACAGAAUCCUUUCGUCGUCAUAUGUGCCACGAGCGGCGGAGGACACUUAGGGUGGUUCGAGUGGGGAACCGGGACCAGGUGGAAUGUCCGACCGGCGGCCAACUUCCUCAAUGCCAUGGCCCGUGACAUCGACUUCAGCCAGAUCGAAAAGUCGAUUCCUCAGCCAGGUCCACAUGGCGGUCUUCCGACACCAUUCCGGUAUGAUCCAAUGAAGAGGAAGGCUUUCCGAGCCGAGAGUGAGCAGUAG